UCAAACGAAGGAUUUUUUACUGAAAUAAAUCCUGUUCAGAAAUGUUGAUAUAGAUUAAAUAGGUGGAAAUAUUGACUUGUUUUAUCUAAGGACAUUUCGUAUUCGUCAAAGUAUGAACACUUUUUGGCAUUUAUAUUUUGAAGCAACUAAAGGACGCUCGUACUGGUCUUAGUCAUACCGUGCUUUUGUACCAAUUGACCAUUUUUUUAAAUUGAAAGCCAACGGCAUCCAAUGCAACAUAUGGUUUGUUAAAAAGCUAUUUGUUUGAUUAGAGCUUGUACUAAGCUAUACCCGGCCUAAUGUGUAUUAAUGUGUAAAGUACAAUGUAUCAGUUAUCAUGAAUGUUAUGAAACAGAAUUUUGUUCAACAGAUUAAUGACCAUUACUAUGCUGUCCAGUUUUACACAGCAACACCAGUAUUCGACUCAAAACCGGAUGGAAAACAGAUUCAAGACAUUACCGUAUCACUCGAGAAGAAGUCGAAGUCUAACAGGAUCUGCUGUGUGCCCAAAUGUCACACCACUGGCUACGGAUUGUUAGAAGGCCAUGGAAAGCCCAGCUAUCAUGCAUUUCCAGCUGAAGAUGAUCCAGUUCAAUCUGUUUGGUUGAAUAAAAUACGAAGAGAUGAAGACAGACAUUUUAAGAUAAGUCACAAUACGGUUGUCUGUUUUCUCCAUUUUGAACGUGACUGUCUUGACGAAUCUGGAUUUGCUAAGCGGAGGUAUCUAAAACCAGGAGCCAUCCCUACACUUUUCGACUGCUGGAAGGACAAACCACAUCUAUUGAAGAGAAUUCACAUGGAACGUGCAAUUAACAAAAUUAUAAGUUUUCACAUAUUUGAUCAGGUCAUUCUGGUUUCUCUGUUUGGGACAAUUAAUCAAAUUUGGACAGUUUGCUCAUUGCUCACUCUUUUCCAAGACCCAAUUAUAUCAUGUCCCGGUGUUUAACAUACAUACCAUUUAUAUGAACAUUUGUUGUUCGUGUACAUCAUACUACAUGUAGGUUUAUGAAAUACCAUUGGCUGUUCAUGUAAUAUUUGUACAUUUUUUGGCUUUGUAUAAAGUUUUUGAUAAUUUUCUUGAUAUAAGCAUUGAUUUAGUUACAGAUUUAUGCUUAAAGAGUACUUAUCCCACUUUUACAGCGAAUUCGGUUGAUUAAAGCCCCGUUUAUUAAAUUUCAUCUAUAAUCAACGGCAAGGCUAUAAUCAAUGGCACGAAAUGACGUCAUCAACUGCCGAACCGGGACUACUUUUUCCCACGCACCUCGUCACCUGUAUUUGCCAAGUGCAUCAAUAAUAAAAACA